AUGGCGUCGCUGAUGGAACUGGGCAGAGUCGCCCUGGAUGUGGUCCUUGCAGUGGGGCCGAUGGUAAGCUCCGAGAAUGUGGCGAAGACCCACCAUGUUGUACAGAUGAGGCACAGCCGCAUUGAGUCCUUUCGAGAAGAUGUGCGCGACAUGCUGACGGAGCGUCUCGACAGCUCCCAAAACUUGACACUCAAGUCCACACUACUUUUCGGCUUCGUCGCCGCCAUGCUUGUCGAGGGUUUCCCUCCGCAGAAGAUGCAGUCUGAGCUAUAUGUGGACGUGUUUAUUUUUCUUGUGCCCUGGGGCAUUUGCUUGCUCUUUCAGUCCAUGACCUUCGCGGUGCUUUACCAGCGUGGAAUGAUGACGGUGGGUCAGACCGCUGCAGGCGCAUCUGCCUUCUGCAGCCUUGGCCGCAGUUGCUGUUGGGGCGGCGGCAGUCCGGCGUCGAGCUUGACGGAAGAGGCGAAGCUGGCCCUGGCCAUGAGGGAGGAGAUGGUGCAAGCGACCGUGGACGCCUCGUCCCCCGUGCCGCAGAGCUUCGACCAGGCCGUGAACUGGGCCUGCUCGGCCUUCUUGCGGGCGACCGCUGAGCGCCAGAUGCGCCAGAGCAUGUACUUCAACACUGGCACGAUUGACAACCAGGUCUCCGGUGAGCUUGGCAACGUCUUGCAAUUUGCAGAGAGGUUUGCAAAGACACUGGCCAUGUCCCCGAGACUACCUCAGGGGAAGGGGGUCCGUGUUCUGUUCACAGAUUUCGGCGCAAUGUCGCUAGUUUCCACACGAUGGAACCCACUCCCAGAGAAUCUGACUCUCGAUCACUUACCACCUGUCCUGCCAAAGAUGGAGUUGAAAAUGGAAGAAAAGACCAAGAUCGAGGAGUUCUUGGAAUCAUCAAUGCUUCUGAUUGUUGCACCCAAUCAGUCCGAAAUGGCAGCUGUCCUGGCAAUCUUCGAGAUCAUGAAGGAGACGGGCAAGACCAUUCCCGUCGUGCUCCUGAAUGCGAAGCUUUUGCAGGAUAGCGUUGCUGCAGCAGGAGUUAUGCUGCGCAACUUCCGGAGCAUGGAGGACACGCUACUACCCAUCUUUCACUUGGAGCAGUUUGAGCCUGAUGAAGACAAAGAUCCCGUGCCCCUGAACCCGGCGGUCAUAGUCAGAGUGUGGCCUCGACCCUUCUCUGUCUGGGAGGAUAACGCAGAGGACCCUGAGGCGAUUGAUGGCUACUUCCUGCUAGAUGUGAAUGACCAGCAGGCUGCGGACUACCAAGACCUCAUGACGUUCCUGAAGGGCUCCAGAGAGAUGACAAAGCGCAUGCGGUUGAAGGAACGCCAGCAGAGGGAAGCCGGAGGCCACCGUCACCUGCGUGAGCUGCAGAUUCUUGUCUCGCAGCAGGCCGAGGAGGAGCAAGACCAAUGUGAGACGUUCUACGAGAUUGUGGGGGAGAAGUGGCAGCGAAGCCGCAAACACAUGGACGAGAAGCUUCAUUCACACACGGGGAGUGGUGCCCGACAGAUGGCCGGACUUGCGGUCUCAGCCGCCUGGGGUCUGGUGGCACGGAUUUUUGCCUUCUCGCCAAGCCAGCUUCCAAGAGUAGGAGCCUCUUCUGUCGAGUCAGACUCGGACAACGACUGGCAUAGCAUUUCAGAGCCAACGGGGAAGCUCGAGUCGAGUCCUUCACGGAUUGAGUUGGACUACUUGACCAUGGAGCUCCACGCCCAGGGCUCCAUGGGACGCGAGACGUCAGACCAAGCCAAGAGCGGUUCGGCCUCCCUCGCAGCGCGCGGGCUUCCAAAACACGUCACGGAGAUGAGCAACAUGCCAGAGGUCCAGGCGUUGGAGCUCUACGAAGAUCAAGCUCAUCGAACCGUGGUCGGAGGCAGUUUCUUCACGAUCCUGUGCUUGGGUUUCCUGGUGGUUUUCCGGCUGCACAUGCGGUGCGAGCACUAUACAGAUCAUGCCAUGGCUUUUUAUGCCCGUCUUGGCAUAUUUUUGCCACCGCUGCUGGUUGCGGCGUUUGCGAACCUCAUUCGCCCGUACCCGGAGAAGCACCACAGCCUCGGAACAACGGGCAAAGACCUGUCCAGUCCGACCUAUGUCAUGGCGGCCACCCAUUGCGCGGUUCUCCUGGCCGUCGUGAUUUCUUUGACGUCUUUGGCCGCGGCUGUGCAGCUCCAUGCGCCGCCGCCGCAGCUCGCGCUCAGGCCACUUCGGGCAUCACCGGUCAGCUCCCUGGUGGAAUGGUCCGUCGAGUGGCCGAUGUUCUUCAAUCCUACGGCCAUUCUGGCUUUGGAGGAGGAUUCUCUCAUACUGACCACGGACUUUCGUGCGGCACGUUUUAGAAAGAAUGUAGAGGGUGGUCUGGCUAAGUUUGCAGUGAUGCAAUGGCCACGGCUUUCCUACCGGAGCAAGAGUCUGAUGAGGCUCAUGGACACAGAAGACUAUCCACACCGGAUCCGUGGUUUCACUCCUCUGGAUUCCAACGCAGUCAUGAAGUUUGCCUGCGGGCUGGGAGUUGCCGUGUACCAUGCAGAUGGUGGCUUGGCAGCUAUUUGGCCACUUGGUCAAGCCAAGCUCUUGCCGGAGGUAAGAGAGAGAGUCGAUGGACGACUGGUUAGUGUCCCAGGGCCUCCGGAGCUGGGUUCGGAGUAUUUCACUCGUCCGAACAUGCGACCAGCCGACGGGUAUCAUGUGAAAUACGGACGUGGGGGCGACCUGCGGUGGAUAAUCACAUGCAAGGAUGGCAGCCUAAAUGGUCUGCAGCUGCGAUUCACGCCGGAGGGAGUUCUCCGGCCCCAGGACAGUGGCGUCUUCCAAGAUGGCAAGCUGGUGGAGCGCUUUCAAGAGAGCCUGCUGCCCGAUGGUUUCAUAUGUCACGUUCUCAGUGAGCUCGUGUUGCCUGUGAAGAAGGCCCUAGGUAUUGGGCUUUCGCCAUGUGAGGAAAGACUCUGCUACGAGAACUUCGUGGAUGUAGAUGAUAUUGCACCGGCAGAUCUCAACCAUCAUACCGACGAGCCUGAGUCCGUGAAGGUAGUAAGUGCCAGAACAGACGGAUACGGGGAGUGGUGGCGUCCGCAAGUCCAGCUUCGGGAUCCGGGCAAAGUAUACAAUUCUGUGGUCCCCUAUGAGUUCGCACCCAUAGGUCCGUCUGUCUCUAUGGAGGUGAGCCCCUUUCGUCCACCGGUCGCGAGACAGGAAUGCACAAGCCGGACAUCCGCAGCGCUGCGGGAUGCAGAUCACUCUGCCAUCUUGCAAGAUGAGCAGCCGUUGCCUGGCAUGGAGAUCAACGGCGCUGCAGCUGUGAACAACUCUGUGCUCCUGGCCGGACGUCAACAGCUGCAUCACUUCUCUGCUGGGCCGCUUGCCGGCUUCCCGUGGCAUCUUGUCUCCAAGACCAGUGUUCACUUGGCUUUCGCUGGCAAUGACACCGCCGAUUCCAAGGCCGUGACUGGCCUCACAUACUGGGCCGAGAAGGAUCUGCUGUUGUUGGCGGGCCCGACACUGGGCGUCGUCGCUGCAAGGCUCUCCAACUCUGGUCGUCACGGGCCUAUGGAUAUAAGCUUUGACUUUCGUGUCCCUCUAGAUGAGGCGGUGUCGGCACUACAAGUCGAUGAGGCGGAAACUCGAGUGUUGACAUUGAAGAAUCACGUGUCAGAGGGCACGGAGAGUGCGGGAGCUGAAGUCGCUGAAGUCCGCUCUCAGCCGUUUUGGGGUUGCUCGCAGCAGGCUCCCACGAGCAGAUGCCGACAUUUACAAGGUCUGUUGAUUCCAUUUAGCUUGCUGCCUUUCACCUUUGAGCAUGGACUUGGUGUUCCUCGAUUAGCCGAUUCUCGGUAUCGGGAAGGCAUUCCAGAAGGUGAUCAAAGGGAGAUCUUAAGUGGCAAAAAGGGAGACCAUAAGUGGCAAGGGCAUCCCGAUCCCGGAGUGGACAUGUCUGACGCUGAAAAUCCCCAGAAGGAGUCCACUCUCCACGAGGAGGCAAAGCUGUUUGACCGCCGAGUCAAGCGCGGCUUGGAUGAGGUGAGCGGAGGCGGCGCUUCCUGUUCAGCGCCCCAACGGCCCAAGAUCUUUGGAGCUUGGGUGGCCGACAAGAAAACCGAGCACUGUGAUCGUGCCUUGAUGAUGGAGCGAUUUGUUCCAACGCCAGCGAUGCCGACGGUGAUGCUGGUUCUCCCGAUUAUCGCGACCAUGAGGUACAAGCUGGUGAUCAUGAACGUCACGAGUGCGUUCGGGCAAUCCGACCCCGAGACUCGACCUCAAGGCAAGCUUUAUGCCUCGUUGCUGACCAGCAGCAUACCUGGACGACCGAAGUGGCGGAGAACAAGUCCGGGGCCCACACAGGCUGUGCUGGUGUCGCUCCCAGGCCGUACCAUCCGUCAGAUGGCCGACUUUGAGGUGCGCAUCGACAUCCUUUCGAAGCAGCGGCUGAAGGAUGGUGAGGCCGCGAACAACGUGAUCAAUGAGCUGCACCGGACGAAAGAUGUGUUUCUGCGCAUCCUCCCGAUUCCGGCAGACGAUGGGAUCUUCAUGAGCAUCUCCGAUGCCUUGCUUGCGAAUGACGAUGAGAGGUCCCAGGGCGGCUACAUACGGCUACAUCAUCAGCUUUUUGGACCGCGCGAUCAUGGAGAGCUAGAAUGGUAG